AGAGCGUGGCGCUGUUGCCCGUAACUAGGCAGCAGCGCAUAUCUGGCAACCCACAGUAGCGGCGGAGAGCAGCGGAUUGCCGUCUGCCAGUGUAAUAUCAACAUUGGAAAGGACGCAGUCAAAAUACAGACAUGGCAGUGAAUGUAUACUCCACAUCAGUAACAAUUGAGAACCUGAGUCGACAUGACAUGUUGGCAUGGGUGAAUGAUUCCCUUCAGCUCACCUACACCAAGAUAGAACAAUUAUGCUCAGGGGCGGCUUAUUGUCAGUUCAUGGAGAUGUUGUUCCCAGGCUGUAUUCUUUUAAAGAAAGUGAAAUUUCAAGCAAAGCUGGAACAUGAGUUUAUACACAACUUCAAAGUACUCCAGGCAGCUUUCAAGAGGAUGAAUGUCGAUAAAAUAAUUCCUGUGGAAAAAUUAGUGAAAGGAAAAUUCCAGGACAACUUUGAAUUCGUCCAGUGGUUUAAAAAAUUCUUUGAUGCCAAUUAUGACGGAAAAGAGUAUGAUCCCGUUCAAGCUAGACAGGGCCAAGAUGUGGCGCCUCCACCAAAUCCAGGUGAUCACUUUUCCCACAAACCCAAGAGAACUGGUCCCUCAGGGCCUCAGAGAACAUCUCCAACAGUACCUAAAAACAUGCCCACGCCACAAAGGGUGACCACCACCAUUAGGAAGAACCCCACACAUGCCCGAAAUGGGGGAAGUGAUGCUGAAAUCACGGAGCUUAAUCAACAGUUGAUGGAGCUGAAGUUAACCGUAGAUGGUCUGGAGAAGGAGAGAGAUUUCUACUUCAGCAAACUUCGAGACAUUGAACUGAUCUGUCAAGAACAUGAGAGUGAAAACAACCCCAUUAUCAGUAGGAUAAUUGACAUUCUGUAUGCCACAGAGGAUGGCUUUGCACCACCAGAAGAUGAUGAGAUAGAUGAGCAGGCCCACUUGGACCAGGACGAAUACUGAGCAUCCUCCUCUUCAACAUCGCCGUGACCCUACACCAUUUCCUCUCCCCACCACUUUGAAUGACUCCACACUAUCGCACGCUGUUAAUAUCCUCUCAGUUUCCUACAAAUCAUGGGCUCACCAUAUAUAUCUCUUUGUCCUCCAGCGCUGGUUUAAACACUACAUACACAUCAACAAACACUUGCCGUCCUCAUCCAGACAGUAGCGCAAACAACAACACAUCCUAGCCCUCACAGCAUGUUUUACAUAUCGACAUAGAGAAUGAACAAAAGAAAAAGGCAUCAUAGAUUGUGGGUAGCACAACGGACUGAAAAAAAUGUAAAUAUUGUGAUGGGAAAGACGUUUUUAAAGAAAAAAAGAUGAAAAUGAAGAAAAAUGUCGCUUGGAAUGCAGUUAUUCGUCGUGAGAUUUUCAUACACAUUUUCUUUAUGGUCUGUCUCGGCUUCAUUCAGUAUGAAAUGAUCAGUAUCACGCCAUCCAUCUGUGUCUCCAGCUUCAGUCUGCCUCUCUCACUGACUGUACACUUUUAAAGGGAUAGCUCACACAGAAAUGACUAUUCUGUUAGCAAUUUCUCACCCUCAUGUCGUUCCAAAUCUGUAUGACUUUCUUCUGUGGAACAAAUAAUAAUAAAGUUGCCCUUCUCCAUACAAACAGAGUGAAUAGGGAAGCUUUCAGACUUCAAAAAAAGACACAAAUGCACCACAAAAGUGAGUUAAUUUCACACAAGGUUAUUGUAUGGCUUCAGAAGACUUUUUAAAUGAUGCUUUUGUAUCCAUUUUGAAGCGUGAAAGCAUUAGUCACCAUUCAUUUGUACAACCAAAACAUGGUAUUGGAAUGACAUGAAGAGUAAAUAAUUUUUUAGGUGAAUCAUCCCUUUAAAUGACUAAAACAGCAGACAAUAUCAGGAAGAAUCACUGUAAUAUCCAACAAAGAAUCUUUUGUAUCUGCGAAGAUGUUGAUGUCAAGUUUGUCAGUGAUAUGAUGGAAAUAAACGCUGAGCUGUAGAGAGGACUUUUAUACUUUUAAAUCUGGAUGAGCCAGUGACAGGGUAAAUAAAAUAAAAAAUGACAUGAAAAUAUGUCAGCGAGGCUUUAAAAAUGUGUGAGACAACAGUAACUUAUGGCACAGGUUGUUUUGCUUAUACCCAGGGAGCAUGUGAAUGUUAUACAUUGACAACUGAUGAGUGAUUGUUUGAAAAUCAUAUUUUUUUCUGUUGUGCUUGAUUGUGACAUUAUUCUGACACCUCAUAGAAACUCACCAAAUGGAUGGAAAGUUGAAUUACCGUCAUAUUCAACUAGUGUUCACGACACCAUUGAGCAUGAGGGACAGUACUCAUUGUUACUGUGUACUUUUUAUUUUAGUGGCAAUCAAAUAUGUGAUACUACUGAUCAGAUGAUGUCAUGUCGAAUUGAACUGACGUUUGCUGCUAGUGUUGCUGCAUUUACGUGUUUUGAUUUGUAUUUAUUUCGCUCAGCUAUUGAAUAGCAUAUGGGCUGUGCAUUAACUGUAAAUCAUACCAGAUUUGUAAAAGGCCUGUAUCAAAUUAAACAGAGAUGCUAGAUGUCAUUGGUUUGAAUCUACUUCUCUCUGUGUUUGAGAACCUGAGGCAUCUUGUGUUGUCUCAGUAUGGCCAUAAUUGUGUUUGCAUAAAUUGUUUUGAGUAAAUAAACAUUCGUGAAAAUGGA